AAACAGCAAAAGUUGAAGAAGAAGGAAGAGGGAACAAUAGACGAGGGGAUCUGGGACCACAUGCAGAGAUGCACCACACCAAGGAGCAGGAAGAUCAUCACUCUUGGAAAGGCUCUGAUUACCAGAAAAAUAUAGAGAUCAUAUACAAGAAGAAUACCAAGUAAUAGAAGACAGAAAUGCUCGCCUGGGUGAAUAUGUGAGUCUAGACAAGAUACACAGAACUGCUUAUUGUAAAGGAACAUCGGCGGCGGGAGGAGAAAGAACAUGAAAUAAUCACCAGAGGAAGGAGACACACAGAGUUGAUGGCUCACCAGACCAGUCUCACUAAGAUUAGUGUUUUAUUUGACCCUGGUAGAAAUCAACAAAGCCCAAGAACUGUGGUGUUGCAGGGAGCUGCUGGAAUUGGAAAAACAAUGACAGCAAGAAAGAUCAUGUUGGACUGGGCAGCUGGAAACUCUAUCAGAAAAAGUUUGAUUAUGUUUUUGAUAUAAAUUGCAGAAAAAUAAAUCUUGUUACUGAACUGAAAAGUGUUGCUGAUUUGGUUUUAGACAAUUGUCCUAACAGAAAAGGACCAAUUUAAAGAAUUUUUUGAGAAACCAGAAAGACUCCUGUUCAUAAUAGAUGGUUUUGAUGAAUUGACUUCCUUGCUAGAUAUUGAUGAAGUUGGUCUGUGCACUGACCCAUUUGAAAAGAAGCCAGUGAAAACUGUACUGUGCAGUUUACUGAGAAAGAAAGUUCUUCAAAAAUCCUUCUUACUGAUCACUACAAGACCAGCUGCUCUGGAGAAACUACAGCAGAAUUUGAAAUUUCCAUGUUAUGCAGAGAUCAUGGGAUUUUCUGGAGAAGAGAGGAAAGAAUAUUUUCAUAAAUUCUUUUGUGAUGAAAAGAAAGCAACACAAGCCUUUAAUUUUGUCAAAGAAAAUGAAAUGCUCUUCACCAUGUGCUUUGUCCCCAUUGUGUGUUGGAUCAUCUGCACGGUUAUGAAGCAACAGAUGGAAAGAGGGGAAGAUCUUGCACAAACUUCAAAAACAACCACAUCGGUAUAUUUGCUCUUUCUGUCCAUUCUGCUAACUGAUCAUUUUGCUGACUCAAUGCAACGGUCUCAAACUACCCUGCGGUAGCUUUGCUCAUUGGCUGCAGAUGGAAUUUUAGAACAGAAAAUACUGUUUGAAGAAGGUGACCUGAAGAAACACAAUUUAUCCUUGAGUAAGAUUCAGUCUCUCUUUCUGAAUAAAAAAUAUUUUUCAAAAAGAUACAGAAUGUGAAAGUGUCUACAGCUUCAUUCACUUGAGUUUCCAAGUUUUUUUUGCAGCUCUGUUUUAUAUGCUGGAAGAAAAUGAAGAGAAAACAAAAUCUCUCUUCUAAGAAAGAUGCGAACAAUUUGCUAAAAAUUUAUGGACCAUCUAAAAAUAAUUAUUUGAUGGCAACAGUACAUUUCUUGUUUGGUCUCUUAAAUAAAGAGACUAAAUGACAUGGAGAAAAAAUUACAUUGUAAAACAUCAUCUGCAAUAAAGCUAGAUUUAUUGAAGUGGUUUGAAGCAGAGGCUAAAAAAAUCUCCUCUAUGCCCUAUAAGACCUAUGAGGAACUGCGUGACCAGCUUGAGUUGUUUCACUGUUUGUAUGAGAGUCAGGAAGAAGAGUUUGCAAAAAGCACAAUGGAUAAUUUCCAAGAAAUUAGACUGGAACACAUCAGGCUUACAACAAUGGAUGAAAUUGCUCUUUCAUUCUGUGUAAAGCAUUGUUGUAGUAAGCAGUCACUUUACCUAUGUAAUUGUACACUUGGGAUUGGAGAACAAGAAGAAGGAUGGAUAGCAAAGCAACGGAAAUGGUUAUUUCCUCUGAACCCACUGAUGAAAGAUCCGAGAACUUCAACUGCCUACGCAUUGUUGCAAGAACUCAAUCAUCCAAACUGUAAACUAAAGACAAUAUCCUUGUCCAGCUGCAAACUCUCAUCUGUUUUCCCUGAGGACCUCUCUCCUAAGAUCCUCUUUAGAAACUGGCCCCUGGAAAAGCUGGAUCUGAGUGCCAAUACACUGGGAGACUUAGGACUGAAACAUCUGUGUGAGGGACUGAAACAUCCACAUUGUAAACUGCAGAUAUUGCUGUUGUGGCAGUGCCAUCUCACAGCUGCUUCCUGUGGGGAUCUCUCUGCUGCCCUCAAUACAAACCAGUCCCUGACUAAGCUGGAGCUGAGUGGGAAUGAACUGGGAGAUUCAGGAAUUAAACUUCUGUGUCAAGGACUGAAACAUCCCAACUGUAAACUGCAGAAAUUAGUGGUUUGGCAUUGCCAUCUGACUGAUGCUUGCUGUGGAGAUCUCUCUUCUCUGUUCAGCACUAACCGGUCCCUGAGAGAGUUGAACCUGAGUGGUGGUAAUAACCUGAGUUAUUCAGGACUGAAGCUUCUGUGUGAAGGACUGAAACAUCCAAACUGCAAGUUAGAGAAGCUCGAUUUGUCAGAAAUCCACAUAGAUGAAAAAACAACCAAAGAAUUGGAAGUUUUGCAGAAGAUAAAACCUGGUUUGUCGAUUGUGCAUAAUGCAGCAUCCAGGCAUCAGAACCCAGGUCUCUGCUCCUUUUGAAAGACAGAAAUGAAUCCUUCAGGCACUUGGGCAGGCUGCAGAUCUGCACAUUUCUGAAUCUCAAAGCAGUCACCUCACUGUACAAGUUCAUUGUAUUAUGGCAGUAAUAUAGCUAGCUCAGAUUUCUUUCAGCUGCAUACAUAUUAGGAAAUCUCCCUAUUCAUGGAGUAGCUUAAAAUUCACUUUAGCUGUUGAAUUAAUUCUAAAGUUCCCACAGAAAUAUUAAUGCAGAAUAAUAAUUAAUAAAUACUUAAUAAUUAAUAAUAUGCUUAUAACUUGCCACUCCAAGUAGAAUUUCCCAAACACUUCAAUUUAAACACACUGGAUUAGAUAGAACAAUAAAAUAAGAUUUUAAAUAAGUACGAGUAAUGAAGCAUAAAAGUCAGAAAUGGUUACAAGAAAAAUAGAGAUAAAAUGUUUACUUAUGCCUUACUUAAGAAGCUACAUUAGAUUUCAAAGUCAUUCUCUCACCACAUGCUUCAAGCAGUCACUGACCAAACACUGCUUAGGUCUAGGACCCCUUCUCCCAACGAAUCCAACAAAUGCUCCUUUGGCUUGUCGCUUUCAGGGUGUGGUGAAUGUGUGGGCAGGGAGAGGUGGUGGAGUUGCCUUGGGUGUUUUGUGUCCUCGCACUUUUUAUAAUAUCAGUCUCUCUCUUGGAAAAUAUUUCCAGCUGAGUUCCUGGAGACAAAAAGUCUGACGAGAUCUUAUGUUUUGUCCUGCAACUUGGUGAAAUGUACUGUAAUACUGGCAAAUAUGUAAUAAACAUUUAGAAAAAUA